GAAGGUCUUCGGCAAUGGUCGGUGUUUAGAUAACACUUCCUCGUUGUGGGUCUGAAGCUGGUGCUGACAAUGGGCGUUAAAAUAGAGAUUUUCAGAAUGAUGUUGUAUCUGUCCUUUCCUGUGUCCAUUUUCUGGAUCUCGAAUCAAGCAGACUACUUUGAGGAAUAUGUCGUAAAGAGAAAGAGGGAGCUCUUCCCCCCUAAUGAGGCACUGCAUAGGAAAGAGUUGGAAGACUUCAAAGAGCGAAUGCGUGUACGAAAGGAGAAGAACCUCAAUAAACAUAUUUCUGAGGAAUCUCAGAACUGAGGAUUAUGUGUUGAAGAAAUGCACGAGCUCAGCACUCGUGCAGGAUUAUUCGGGACUGUUUUUUGGAGCAGAAGAAACUGAUUGGACUGGAGUAAGACCACAUCUCAUUGGAAGUCUGAGAAGUUUGCAGGAUGAUUUCCAGGGAGUAAUUACACCCAUGAAGCCUAAUAUUUCAUGCUUAAGUGAAUUAUUUGUGUUUGGCUGCUGAUUUUGUUAUAUAAUAAAUAAUUAUUUGAAUUAUA